UAUUUUAAAAGUUUCCAGUUCUGUUAAAUUAAGUAUAUAUUUUUAGAAAGUAAAAGAGAAAACGUCAUUAGAGAAUUCGACCACUCCGCAUCCCAAUCGAAGCCCUAAACCGUCCGCCACAGGACGCCGUGUGCACCGCCUUUGGUCGCUAUUUCGCGGUGGUGGCAAUCGACACCAUAAGAGUAGGGCUAUUGGACUCCCGCAGUCAGUCCCUUCCAAUUUAUCUACCUCGAAGGAUCCUACUCUUCUGCAAACCGCCACCAGCGGCUCUGUCUUUUUACUCGCGCGCAAUUAGGUCCACUCAUAAACACCAAAUUUCAUUCAAUUUCCACCUUCACACGAUAAUACAAGCGGAAGCAGAAAGAGAGUGGUUCGAGGCAAAAUUUGCUUCUCUUUGGAGUUACAGGGUGAUUAAUUAUUGAUUUAACAGUCAGUGUAUCAAUGGAAGAGCUGAAAAGCAAAUCUCGGAGGGAGGGCUCUGAAAAGGAAGAAAUGAAAGUAAGUCACCAUAAAGAGGAUCGUAAUCGUGAGAAGGAGAGGAAUGGAGAGAGGCAGAGGGACAGGGAGAGGGACAAAGACCGGGAUAGCCGCCAUGAUAGAGAAAAGAGUGUUGAUGACAAGCACAGGGACAGAGAAAAGCACAAGAGUAAGCGCCGGGAAAAGGAACGAGAGCAGGAAAGAACCAGGAGCCGUGAUGAUGAAAGGGCUCGAGACAAGGCCAAAGGUAGAGAAAAGGACAGGGAUGAUAGAGAAGUUGACAGAGACAGGGAAGACCGGGAGAAGGACAGGGACAGGGAGAAAGAAAGGGCACGAGAUAGGGAUAGAGCACGGGAGAAUAGAGAGAGAGAGAAAGAGAGGGAGAGGGAGAAAGAAAGAGAAAGAGAGAGGGAGAGGAGGGAGAGGGAGAGGGAGAGGGAGAAGGAAAAAGAGAGGGAAAGAAAAGAGAGAGAAAAAAUACAUGAAAGGGAAAAACGCCGAGAUAGGGAUAGGUCGUACAGUAGUGAUGAAGAUGUUGCUAGGGAUCAUGAGAGGAAAAGGCGCAGGAGAGAAGAAGAUCAUCUGGACAGGGAUGUGGAACCAAGCAGCAAGACAAAUCGGCGUAGGGAUGAUAGUCAAGACAGUAGCCCGCGGAGAAAGGGAGAUGCAGACCCAGAAGUCAGGAAAGAAAAGACACGGGAAGAGGAUUUUGCUGAAGAGCAAAAGAGAUUAGAUGAGGAGAUGGAGAAGCGGAGACGGAGAGUUCAGGAGUGGCAAGAACUAAGAAGGAAGAAGGAAGAAUCUGAGAAAGAAACACUUGGGGUUCCAGGGACUCAUGAACCCAAGUCUGGCAAGGCAUGGACUCUGGAGGGGGAAUCUGAUGAUGAAGAAGCUGGCCCUGAGGGAAAAGUAGCCAUGGAUGUGGAUGAGGAUGGAGCUGGAAAACUCAGUGGCGAUGAUGAAAAUGGCAUGUCUGUUGAUGUUGAUAAUGAGGCUACUUUGCAGAGUGGUGCUGACGAUGCUGCUGGGGAUGAUGAAAUUGAUCCUUUAGAUGCAUUUAUGAAUUCUAUGGUGUUGCCUGAAGUAGAGAAGCUAAACAGUGUUGUGCCUCCUGUUCCAAAUGACUCUGGUCCUGAAUUGGUUGAAAGAAAUGGUAAACCAAACUUGGAACAUCCUAAAAAGGGGAUGAACAAAUCUAUGGGAAGAAUUAUUCCUGGAGAAAAUUCUGAUUCAGACUAUGGAGACCUUGAAAAUGAUGAAGAUCCUUUGGAGGAUGAAGAUGAUGAAGAAUUUAUGAAACGAGUGAAGAAGACCAAAGUUGAGAAGCUGUCAAUAGUUGAUCAUUCAAAAAUUGAUUAUCCUCCCUUCCGGAAGAAUUUCUAUAUUGAAGUGAAGGAAAUCUCCAGGAUGACACCUGAAGAGGUCGCUUCAUACAGGAAACAACUGGAAUUAAAGAUACAUGGAAAGGAUGUCCCAAAACCUGUCAAGACCUGGCAUCAGACUGGAUUGUCAACUAAGAUUUUGGAUACUAUAAAGAAGUUGAAUUAUGAAAAACCGAUGCCAAUUCAAGCACAGGCCUUGCCUAUAAUUAUGAGCGGUCGAGACUGCAUUGGUAUUGCAAAAACAGGAUCUGGCAAAACUCUAGCAUUUGUGUUACCCAUGUUGAGGCACAUUAAGGACCAACCUCCAUUGAUGUCUGGAGAUGGCCCUAUUGGCCUUAUUAUGGCUCCCACAAGAGAGCUUGUCCAGCAAAUCCACAGUGAUAUCAAGAAGUUUGCAAAGGUGAUGGGUCUCAGCUGUGUUCCUGUAUAUGGAGGUUCUGGGGUCGCUCAGCAGAUUAGUGAGUUGAAACGAGGGGCUGAGAUUGUUGUUUGUACCCCAGGUAGGAUGAUUGACAUAUUAUGCACUAGUGGUGGUAAGAUUACAAAUCUGCGUCGUGUCACUUAUUUGGUCAUGGAUGAAGCUGAUCGAAUGUUUGAUAUGGGUUUUGAACCUCAGAUUACGAGAAUUGUUCAAAAUACAAGACCAGACCGUCAAACCGUGCUAUUUUCUGCCACUUUCCCUCGUCAGGUUGAAAUUCUGGCUCGUAAAGUGUUGAAUAAACCUGUUGAAAUACAGGUAGGUGGGAGGAGUGUUGUGAACAAGGAUAUAACCCAACUAGUUGAGGUAAGACCAGAAAGUGAUAGGUUCCUUAGACUCUUAGAACUACUUGGAGAAUGGUAUGAGAAGGGCAAAAUUUUGAUCUUUGUACAUUCACAAGAGAAAUGCGAUGCAUUGUUUAGGGAUUUGAUUAGGUCUGGAUAUCCUUGCCUGUCACUUCACGGAGCAAAGGAUCAGACAGACCGUGAAUCCACCAUAGCUGAUUUUAAGAGUAAUGUGUGCAAUUUAUUGAUUGCUACGAGUGUUGCUGCUAGAGGUUUAGAUGUCAAGGAGCUCGAAUUAGUCAUUAACUUUGAUGUUCCUAACCAUUAUGAGGAUUAUGUUCAUCGGGUUGGUAGAACAGGCCGAGCUGGUAGAAAAGGCUGUGCUAUCACAUUUGUUUCUGAGGAAGAUGCAAGAUAUGCACCAGAUCUUGUAAAAGCACUGGAAUUAUCGGAACAGAGUGUUCCAGAUGACCUUAGAGCUCUUGCUGAUGGAUUUAUGGCGAAGGUUAAUCAAGGGCUUGAGCAAGCCCAUGGGACUGGUUAUGGUGGCAGUGGUUUUAAAUUUAAUGAAGAGGAGGAUGAGGUGAGGAGAGCUGCAAAGAAAGCUCAGGCAAAAGAGUAUGGAUUUGAGGAAGAUAAAUCAGACUCAGAAGAUGAAGAUGAAGGAGUUAGAAAAGCAGGUGGUGACAUCUCUCACCAAGCAGUCCUUGCUCAGGCUGCAGCUCUUGCUGCUGCUUCCAAAGUGACUGUUCCUUCAGUCCCAACACCUAUCUCAGCAGCUCAGCUCAUUCCUAAUGGUGGAUUACCUGUUUCUCUGCCUAGUGUUCUUGGUUUGACAAUUCCGGGCGUGGCGGCAGUUGUACCUGGGGCUGGACUGCCAGUUGGCAGCAGCGAUGGGGCAGCUAGGGCAGCAGCUCUGGCAGCUGCAAUGAAUUUGCAGCAUAACUUGGCAAAGAUUCAGGCUGAUGCCAUGCCUGAACAUUAUGAAGCAGAAUUGGAAAUAAAUGAUUUUCCUCAAAAUGCUCGUUGGAAGGUGACACACAAGGAAACUCUGGGCCCGAUCUCUGAAUGGACUGGAGCUGCCAUCACAACUAGAGGGCAAUACUAUCCACCAGGCAGGAUUCCAGGACCAGGGGAAAGAAAGCUUUACUUGUUCAUUGAGGGCCCUACUGAGCAAUCCGUCAAGAGGGCAAAAGCAGAGCUAAAGCGUGUGUUGGAGGAUAUCACAAAUCAAGCAUCAUCACUUCCAGGUUCAGCACAGCCUGGCCGGUAUUCUGUUGUCUAAGAGCAAUUCUGUCUAUCUGGACUCCGAUUUUGCCUUUUCUGCCUGGAAUUUGUAUAAUGAAAAGGAUUUGGCAUCAUUUUUGCCUAUUUGCACUGUAGUUUCUAACUUGGUAUUAUGAAAAUUUAAUAUUCAUUUGUGCCAAAAACUGUCUUAUUUUCUGGGAGCCCUAGGCCAUCCUUUUUCCUCGACUAAAUAGAAGAACUCGAUUUAUGAA